AAGACUACCGCACUACUUGUGAUUUUACUGAAUAGUACCUAUUGCUACUCAAAUCUCCUCUCCAGCAAGAUCAGAACCAUGAAUAUAAAACACGACAUGGCUGCUACCUACUACAUUCCACCAAUACCUAAACAUCUCAAAUCAACUGGAUUGAUUCUUUCUGCUCAUGCUGCUGCUGCUGCUGCUGAUUGAUUGAUUCACAGAAUAAUAGACUAGAGGAGUUGUGUUGUGGAUCAAGGAUAAACAUUUUCAAGCCCCAUCUUCUCUUUGUUUCAAUCCAAUCCCAUCAUUGGUACAUUUACUUAUUCAUUUAUCCCUUUCAGUCCGCAUUGCGGGGAGGUGAGGAGGGUUUGUUGUAGCUUUGACAGAAGAAAGAUCGAGCUUCCACCUUCUUAGAACGAAAGCAUCUCAGGCACGCAAUCUAAUUCGAAAUACCAAAUGGUGAUGGAAGAUAACGAGAGCUGUUCACGUAGGGAGGGGGAAUCGUCCAAGAGCCGCCACCGCCGGAAGAAGCUGGAGGUUUACAAUGAGGUUUUGCGGCGACUCAAGGAAGCCGACCAUCCCGAAUCUCGAGAGCCCGGUUUCGAUGAUCAGCUCUGGGCGCAUUUCAAUCGUUUGCCGACCAGGUAUGCGAUUGAUGUGAAUUCUGAAAGGGCCGAAGAUGUCCUUACACACAAAAAACUACUGCAUUUAGCUCGUGUUCCGGCUAAUAGGCCCGCUUUUGAAGUUCGCCUUGUGCAGAUUGUGCCAGUCCCAGAUGGAAAUUUUGAGGAUUCGGUCCAUUUACAUUCUCCAAGAAAGGAAAGUAUCCCUCCACCACCUUCUUUUGGUUCUUCUCCUAAUCUUGAAGCACUUGCCCUUGAAGCAAACAAAUCAGAAGCUCUAGAUGAGGAUAGUGGUUUAAGUUCCACUACCAAGUUAAGGCCAAUGCAUGAGAUUACUUUCUCGACUGCUGACAAGCCAAAGCUCCUCAAUCAGUUGACUUCCCUAUUAGCAGAACUAGGAUUGAACAUCCAGGAAGCACAUGCCUUCUCCACUGUGGAUGGCUACUCUUUAGAGGUAUUUGUUGUUGAUGGAUGGCCAUUUGAGGAGGUUGAGCAACUUAGAUAUGCAAUUGAAAAGGAAAUUUUGAAGGCUGAGAAAACGCCUUGGUCAAAUCCGUACUCUUUUCCUUUGGGAAAUGAACAGGAUCAAAUAAAGAUAAAAUGUGAACCUGAUCAUCUAGCAAUACCCCAUGAUGGCACUGACGUCUGGGAAAUUAAUCCUCAAAAUUUGAAAUUUGAGGGUAAAGUUGCAUCUGGAUCAUAUGGAGAUUUAUACAAAGGUACUUACUGCAGCCAGGAAGUGGCAAUUAAAAUUCUCAAGGCUGAGCGCUUGAAUACAGAACUUCAGAAAGAGUUUGCUCAAGAAGUAUAUAUAAUGAGGAAAAUUCGACACAGAAAUGUUGUACAAUUUAUAGGGGCAUGCACCAGGCCACCAAACUUGUGCAUAGUAACAGAAUUCAUGUCUGGAGGAAGCGUCUAUGACUAUUUACGCGAGAAAAAGGGUACUUUUACGCUUCCAGCUUUACUGAAAGUAGCAAUUGAUGUAUCAAAGGGAAUGAAUUAUUUGCACCAGAACAAUAUAGUUCACCGGGACUUGAAGUCUGCAAAUCUUUUGAUGGAUGAAAAUGAAGUGGUCAAAGUAGGUGAUUUUGGAGUAGCAAGAGUAAAAGCACAAACUGGUGUGAUGACUGCUGAGACGGGGACAUACCGGUGGAUGGCUCCUGAGGUUAUAGAGCACAAAUCGUACGAUCACAAGGCUGAUGUUUUCAGUUUUGGGGUGGUUAUAUGGGAAUUGCUGACGGGAAAGCUCCCAUAUGACAAUAUGACCCCUUUGCAAGCUGCUGUUGGAGUGGUUCAAAAGGGACUGAGGCCAAGUAUCCCGAAGAACACUCAUCCGCAGCUGUCUGAGCUACUGGAGAAGUGCUGGCAACAGGACCCAACAUUGAGACCCGAUUUUUCAGAGAUAACAGAAAUAUUGCAAAAGAUAAUAUCAUCUUCUAACCGGGAGGCACAGGCACAGGUGGUUGGUGGUGGCAGCGGCCAUGGACAUGAGCGGCUUCCAAAGAAGAGACUUGGAGGUGGUGGUUUUGUGGGAGGUGAAGGAGGAGGGUAUCACUAAACCAAACCAGAGGCAGUAUGGCAUCCAAUUUUGCAUACAUAUAUACAUAUAUAUAAUAUAUAUAUAUAUAUAUGAAUACAAGGAUAGGAUGUAAUUCAAUCCGCACAGACAUGCAGCGAUUGAUAAUAUAUAUAUAUAUAUAUAUAUAAUCUUUGAAUUUGACGUGGACAGUAAACACUACUAGCUCAAAAGAGUUUUUAUUUUUUUAACUUGACGAGGUUUUUAAA